AUGGCAGAAGCCGCGAUGCAACGAUACGUAUACGAGCAUGCCGAUCCUCGCAUAGUCCGCAUUCCCCAAGUUUUUGAUGCCUUUACAAUAACUGAGCCGGACGGUGCAUCUGUGACAUAUAUUGUCAUGGAAAUGUCGAGGGCGGCCAUUUUGGAGCAUACAGCAAUCCGUCAUGUUUGGGACCUUCCGCUGCCACCCAAUGCAGCAAUCGGGCCGUUGGGACACGAGAGACCUGUGGACAGUUUCUUCUCGGAUAUUGGGUCGGACCGCGCUUUCAACAAUGCCAUAGAGCUGCAAGAUUGGAUCAACAACAAGUUGAACGAUGCGGGUCGCUCUGAUCGUGUUAUACUGGAGGGAGAGCGACUCUCCAUAUGCCAUUGCGAUCUUACCCCGUUCAACGUCAAGAUGUGUGAGCCAAUCGCUAUUAUUGACUGGGGCUUCGCCGGCAUCUAUCCUCGCGCUUUUGAAGAAUUCGCUAUUCUUAACCAAGGCAUGGCAUUCGCGAAUACCUUGUGCAGACAACUUUUUGGACCAAAGCCGUCUAAACAUAUGCGCGCAAUGGCUCUUGCGGCAAGAUUUCAUAUGUUCGGCUGCUAG